GAUAUCCAUUAUAUAUGUAUUUUAGGUACAAAUGUCAGGUUGUAAAGUGUAUGUUUAAUUUACCACAUUGUGUGACAUACGUAGUGGCAUUGGCAAGUAACAUCCGGGUUGAACAAGACUAUAUAUAUUUGGUAUAUAUAUGUACCAAAAUGUUUUAAAAGGGCUGGUUAUCUCAAUUUUUAAUUGCGGUCACACUGUGUAGAGUGUCCUUCUUAUGAGAUUACCAGUAGCAGUAAAGCAUUCACAUAGGACAGGCAAGUGGAAAGGUAAGAAUGCGUCCAGAGGCCAUCCACCUGCACUCAGGUGGAACCAAACUGUAGGCGGUGCUGGGGCUGGAGGGAGGGGCGGCAGGGUGCACUCCAGACUGGGUAGGUAAGCCAGCUAUACCCCAGGCCGGAAGGCUAAGGGGACUGCACUCCAGACCGGAAGGGUGAGCCAGCUGGAGCUUCUGUCAGUUUUCUCCUUACAACACUCCCCCUACCAGCCGGGCACCAUGAAAUUUCGGGCCAAGAUCACCAGCAAGAGUAUUCUAGAGCUCUUCAUCCAGGUCAGCGGCACUGUAGCAAGGCUGGCGAAGGUCUGUGUGCUCCGUGUGUGUCCUGACAGGCUGUGCUUCUGCCCCGCUGGGCUGCUGGGCGAGGCCCAGUUGUGGGGUGAGGUGAAGCGGGGAGUCUUCCGCCAUUUCUGCAUGGAGGGUGUUUCGGAGGAAUUCAACGAGAUCUAUCUAGAGCUGAAGUCUGAGCAUCUGGCCAGAGCCGUGAGGAAUGCGGGCAACGCCUCAGCCCUGAAGCUCCAGCUCACCAACAAGCAGCGUCCCUGCCUCACUGUGGUUGUGGAGCUGGCGUCGUGCCCCGGCCACAGUCGUGCGAUGGUCCACGACUUGCCUGUGAAAGUACUUCCCAGAAGGUGGUGGAAAGAGUGUGCAGAGCCCUGGGUUCCGGCCUCUGAUGUCAGUGUUCAUCUGCCAGCUCUGAGGACCCUGAAGAACAUGGUGGAGCGGAUGGCAACUGUGGACGACCGUGUGCUGGUGGAAGCGAAUCUAAACGGCAAGAUGAGCCUGAGCGUAGAAACUGAUGUGGUGACUAUCAAGAGCUACUUUAAAAAUCUCAGAAACCCUCCAAACGCCGUUCCGGGUGUGCCUCAAGGCGAAGACCCAGAGAACAUGGCACAAGUGAGUGUGGACAACAGGAAGCUUCUGCUGUUUUUCGAAGGACAGCAGCAGAUAAACCCCACACUGGCCUUAUGCAAUAUUUUGAGCAAUACUCUGCUUCAUCUUGUUUUGGUUCAUGAUGAUAUCUCUCUUCAGUAUUUUAUUCCUGCUUCAUAAAUAUUCAAGCGGUCCUAACUGUCUUUUUUCAAAGAAAUCUUAAUUCAAUUAAGAUCUUUGCGGAACUGAAACUCUGAGUUACUUGAAUUAAAAGCCUGCACCCCUGUGAAUUAUGUAGGGUGCUGAUUUUGUUCGCACUUCCUUCGUAAAAUAUUAAACAAUUGGAGAAAUAUUUGUGUUGUUUUUUUGGCUUUGACAGUUAAAUCACUUUCAACUUAGUUGUUUUGGGGAAAAAAGAUUGUAAUAAAAUAAAAUAACUGA